AGGAAGCGGCACGUGACUCUCCGGAGCUUCCGGGUUUCAGGAGGAGCCGAGUCUUGCGGACAUGGCGCAGCCGGACAACCCGUUCGGGGACAUAGACAACCCAUUCCAGGACCCUGCAGUGACGCAGCAUCAGCCCAGCGCGCAGUACGCCACUCUCGAUGUGUAUAAUCCUUUCGAUAACCGCGGGGUGCCUCCCCCGUACCAUGAACAGCCGGCAGCCACCCUGCCAACUGCCCCAGCGCAGAAUGCCCCUGCUCCGGCGCCCAAGAAACAGAGCCCAACAGAACCAAAGACCUACGGCUCGUACGGGACUCAGGAGACGGCUGCGGCUGCCACAGCGGACUUACUGCGGCGCCAGGAGGAGCUGAACCGCAAGGCCGAGGAGCUGGACCGGAGGGAGCGAGAGCUUCAGAACGCCGCUCUGGGAAGUGCUGCCGUGCGGCAGAAUAACUGGCCCCCGCUACCCUCCUUCUGUCCGGUGAAACCGUGCUUUUACCAAGAUGUCUCCGUGGAGAUACCGCAGGACUUCCAGAAGACGGUCUCCAUCAUGUACUACCUGUGGCUGUUUAGCACCGGGACCCUGUUUGUGAACUUCGUGGCGUGCAUGGCGUGGUUCUGUGUGGACUCCACGCAAGGUUCUAGCUUUGGCCUGUCCAUCCUGUGGAUUCUUCUCUUCACCCCCUGCUCGUUCGUGUGCUGGUAUCGGCCUCUGUACAAGGCUUUCAGGAGUGACAGUUCCUUCAGCUUUUUUGUCUUCUUCUUCAUCUACUUUGUCCAAGAUGUCUUUUACGUGCUUCAGGCGAUUGGGAUCCCAGGCUGGGGCUUCAGCGGGUGGAUUGCCGCUCUCACCGUGCUGAAGGUCGGAAGCGUGGCCGUGGCGGUCAUCAUGCUGAUUGUGUCCCUAUUACUCACCGCUAACGCCACGUUGGGGAUCAUUAUGCUGAAGAGGGUCCACUCUAUCUACCGCCGGACCGGUGCCAGCUUCCAGAAGGCGCAGGAGGAGUUUGCUGCCGGCGUGUUUUCCAACCCAGCCAUGCGGACGGCGGCCACCAACGUGGCAGCGGGUGCCGCGCAGAAUGCUUUCAAGCCUUAAUGGAGAGAGGCUCCCCGAGCGGCGCUGCUGAGUUUCACGCGUUGUUAGCGGCCGCGCGGAGUAAACUGCAGACUGCGUG